AUGGGGACCUUCAACUUUGGCAAGUUCAACGGGAAGACGUACGAGGAUGUGUUCGAGAAUCACAAGUCCUACGUGACAUGGGUGAUGAAUCUGGAAAAACCUACAGGGUCGAUACUCCACUUCAAGGAGUAUGUCCUGGAGAGGGAAAAGGGGGAGCAGGGGCAGCCCUCCUUGCCAAGGAAUUUUGGCAACGAGGGUCACUUUGGCAGCAAAUCCCCCGCGAGCUGCUCGCGCGGCCAGGGCUGGGAAGGUGGCAGCUAUAAUGGACACCAAGAAAGUGGAGGAGGGGACACUUACCGAAGUAAAAACUCGUUUGAUAAAACAGCCAGUGCAGUGGUUACAGGAGUGGGUACUGCUAGACAAAGUAACCAAAAAGAGGGAUACUAUGAAGGAGCUAAAUCAGUACAAAAAAUGAAUAGCAGAGAGUAUAAGUCGUACGAGCAAGGUAUAAUGAAUGGAAUAGCCCAGAGCUAUAAUAAGGAUGAAAAGGGAGAAAAAGUCGAAUUCAACAUCAUAGUAGCAUUUGAAAUUUUCAGUGAGGACACAUUUAAGAUUGUUCAAAUGGAUAAUAACAACCUUGGGGGGAUUAAGAAAUAUGCUAGCUUUAAAAAUUACCUCCCAAAAGAGUUUUUCAAAAUACUAUCUGAAUUUAAUCCAACCUUAAAAAAGAUGAACAACUCUUCCUGCAUCACGUUCGAAGCAGAUAAGUACGAAUAUGUGUUGUCCAAUUUGAAAGAGAAGUGUACUAUCUUGGGAGGUAUACAGAGCAUCCCUAAUUUCCUUUUAAAGUGUUUUCAGCAGUACAAUCGAUUUUCAGAGCCACAAAAUAUUUCCGAAAUGACUGCAAGUAUUUUGACGAAUACUUUAUGUCCAUAUACGAAAAAAAAUUAUGACCAAAUGGACAUCCUUGUGGGAGAAAAGCUAAGUGCAGAAUUAAGAAAUUUUCAAAGAGAAGGAGUUUAUUUUGGUUUAAAAAAAAAUGGACGAGUGUUAAUAGGGGAUGAAAUGGGAUUGGGAAAAACAUUACAAGCGUUAGCUCUCAUGGCCUUUUAUCAGGAGGACUGGCCAUUCAUCGUUGUUUGUCCAUCAUCCAUCCGCUUUCAAUGGAAAGACCAGGCACUACGAUGGUUAUCUCAUUUGUUGUCUGAAAAUCAAAUCUGUGUUGUAAAAAGUGGAAAAACUGAUAUCCCUAGGAAUUGCAAAAUGAUUAUAAUUUCUUACGAAUUAAUUACCAAAAAUGACAAGUAUCAGAAUAAGUACAAAUCGAUUGUCUGUGAUGAGUCUCAUUAUUUGAAAAAUUCCUUUUCAAAAAGAACAAAAGCGAUCACCCCAAUUAUUAGGAAUGCCAAGAGGUGUGUCUUAUUAUCAGGUACCCCAGCUUUGAACAAACCAUCUGAAUUAUAUGAACAGGUGGCUAGUAUUAUUCCUGACCUUUUUAAGUAUCAUGAGUUUUGUGAAAGAUAUUGUUUUAAGGACAAAAAUAUUUACACGAGAAGGUUCGAAUAUGUUGGAUGCAAACACACAGAAGAGUUACACCUAUUUCUGACCAACACGAUUAUGAUAAGGAGAUUGAAGAAAGAUGUUUUGAAGGAACUUCCAGAAAAAUUGAGGUCCAAAAUUCCAGUGGAAAUACCCCCAAAAGAGUUAAACGAAAUUAUUAGCUACCAGAGAAUGUUAGAGUCCAGAAAAAAUAUCAACAUUGGGGAUGAUUUGAACGAUCUGCCACAGUUAAGCGGCGGUAAUGAGUACGAGUAUGGCCAAAGUAGUAUUGAUAGUCCGAACAAGGAUGACGAAGAGCAUCUGUCCAUUUCGCACCUAUUCAAAAUAACGGGUUAUGCAAAAGUGAAAGCUAUAAAGGAGUACAUCACCUACCUUAUCGAUGCGGACAUUAAGUUUCUUCUCUUUUGUCACCAUAAAUUAGUGAUGGAUGAAAUUGAUGAUUUUUUAACAGACAAAAAAUCAAGGUUUAUACGAAUAGAUGGAUUAACACCCAUGGAUAAAAGAGAAGUGUACAUUAAGAGUUUUCAAAAUGAUGACAAUGUAAAAAUUGCAUUACUGUCAUUGACUGCCUGUGGGAUAGGGUUAAAUUUAACUGCUGCCAAUACAGUCGUUUUUGGAGAAUUAUUUUGGGUACCUGGACAAAUUAUACAAGCAGAAGAUCGAGCACACAGAAUUGGUACCACUCAUGAUGUUGUUAAUAUUCAUUAUUUAGUUGCACAAAAUACCAUUGAUGAAACUGUUUGGAGAAUUAUUAACAGAAAGUGGAACACGCUCACCACGGCCUUGAAUGGAAUGGAAGAUUCACUAAAUGUGAAGGAAGUAAAUAAGUUCGACAAAUUCAUGAUAGACCUAACCAAUGAUACGAAUAAGUCCUAUCCCACCUCGUUGGUCACGACCCCCAAGGUUAGGAGAAAGUCAUCCGAGUAUAACAAAUCAUUUGAAAAAGGCAAUAGCGCCAAACGGGAUAGGGACAUACGGAAUUAUUUUAAGCCGUGUGAGAAGUCAGACGAAAAGUCAGAUUGUGCCAAAAAGAGGUCGUGCGACACUCCAAUGAAUUAUACCUCUUCUGACAGCAGCUCCCCACAUAUUUUCAGCAAACGGUACAAAACGGAGUUCGCUGGGGAGGAAGAGUAG